AUGUCACAUCUCGAAGAAUUAACUUUAUAUCUUAAUAUAUUGGGUGGACCCAUAUUCAUCGAUGGUAAUCAUCUUGAUAAUCGAAUUCUUAUUCAUAUGCCACAACUUCAUACAUUCACAUAUUAUAUAUCUACUGAAAAUGCCAUUACUGAUCCAGUUAUUCAUCCAUCUAAUGCAGAUAUUCAACGAACUUUCAAAAAUGCAAACCAUGGGAAGGUGUCCUGUAUGGUAGAUUAUUUCGAUUGUUUCGUAGUGAUGUGCCAUGUAUUUUCACUUCCUUUCAAAUUUAAUCGUCUCAAAGACAUCACAAAUAAUUUUCCAAAUAUGUUAUUUAAUACAGUCACUUAUUUGAUGGUACGUGAUAAAGUUGGAUUCAAACAUGAAUUUUUUGUUCGACUUGCUCGAUCUUUUCCAUUUGUUAAACAUUUAUCUGUUUCGAAUAUUCGUUCACCAUUUUUGAAAUUUGAUGAACGUCAUCUUAUUAAUGAUGAUUGGUCGUCAAUUGUUAAAUAUGCUCAUCUUAUUUCACUUGAUAUCGAAAAUGUAAACAGUCAUUAUAUUGAACAUUUUCUCAAUGAAACAAAAACACAUCUACCUUGUUUAAUUCAAUUAAAAAUCCGGUAUAACCUAUUGGAAAUAGUUACUCAAAACUUUACAAGAGAUGCAACGCGAUGUAAUUGUGCUAAAGUCAAACGAUUAAUUGUCAAAGAUUCAAUAGUUUAUUCGAAAGAUGUUUAUCGUUAUUUUCCUUCGUUGUCAAUUUAA